AUUUUUGAAUUGAAAUUUAUUUUCUAUUUUAGCCUAUGUUUUGCUUUCGGAUAUUGUUGAAUUUUCAAAUUUCUUUAUACAUUGUGGAUUUAAGUCAUUUGGAGAAUCGUCGCAUCGUGAUUACAUCUUGGCUUGAGCUCGCGAUAAAUUGAAUGGUGAAUGAUCACAGAACAGAAACUUUUUACUAGUUAUUUGGCAAUAGCAGAUGGCAUUAACUUUUUCAAAAUGAUGGUGAUUUUUCCAAGGUUUGUUUGUUUUUUGAUGGAUUUCGUCGCGUUUUGAAAAAUUGACCUAUGAGCUGAGAAUUGUUCCGCUUGGUCUGUGGUCACGGAAACCCUUGACAAUGAAAAAUGUUUUAUUCCCUUUUUUGUGCUUCUUUUUUGCGGUUAAUGGUUUGACAAUCCUACAAUGGCAUGUAGUGGAGGAAAGUCAACCUGGGACAUUGGUUGGUAAUUUAGGAAAAUACACUGACAAGUUUCGAAAUUAUGAUUUGUCAACAUCAAGUAAAAAUUUUGUUUACAAUAAAACGUCCGGCAAUUUAAACACAUUACGAGUGAUAGACAGAGAUAAAUUACCUGAGAUUUGUAUCAAUGGCUCAGUAGUUCUAGAAACUAUUAUGUUCAUUACAAGAAAAAAUUCGAGGAACGCCAUCUAUGUGCAAGUUUACAUUGACGAUAUUAAUGAUAACUCGCCAAAAUUUCCCUCGGAUUUUUACAACAAAGUUGUUUCUGAGGAAGUUCCUGUUGGUUAUUUCGUUGAAAUACCUGUUGCUAUUGAUAACGACUGUGGAGAAAAUGGAAGAUUACAAUAUUCAGCGUUAAAUCAUUCAAAGUUUCGUGUUCAAUUCACACCUAAUGAAGAUUUCAUUCAUGUUGUUGUAAUUGCAAAACUAGACAGAGAAACACAACAAUUUCAUGUUGUACACAUACGAACAUGUGACUCUAAUCCCAUACCAAAAUGCAGUAGGACAAUCUUAAAUAUUACUGUGUCAGAUUUCAAUGACAACAAGCCAAUAUUCAACAAUUUGAUAUCAGAAGUAAAUGUUGAAGAAGGAUGUCAUAGUAAUGGUAAUUUUGUCUUGGCUUUAAAUGUCUCAGAUAAGGACAGUGGUGUUAAUAGUGAAGUUGCAUUGUCUAUCUCUGAUGCAUCUAAAUAUCAUCAAAUGUUCACUAUAACUAAAGAUCACCAACUUUUAUCAACUCAUUGCUUGGUGUUUGAUAAGAAAGAACCAUCAUUUACUAUUGUUAUAAAUGCUGUUGACCAUGGUGUACCACAACAACAGAAUAGUUUCAGUCUUCGCAUUAAUGUUGUUGAUAUUAAUGAUCAUUCUCCAGAUCUGUUGGUAAUUUGGUCAAGGAAUGUUAUAGAAAAUCAGCCAUCAAGUUCAUAUAUUGGUUUGAUAGAAGCAAUAGACAAUGAUGAUGGUGACAAUGCUAAGGUUGAACUGAAUAUCACAAAUGGUAAUCCAAAAAAUCAAUUUUACUUAGUGAAAAUUUCAGAAUUAUUUUCCUUGAAUGUACGUGGUGUUUUGGAUCGUGAAGAAAUUGAUACAUAUAACAUGACCAUAAAAGGAUUUGAUCAUGGAAGUCAUCAAAAAUCAUCUUUUAUUAAUAUUAUUAUAAAGGUUUUAGAUGAAAAUGAUAACCAACCUAUUUGUUCCUUCGAAACCCCUACAGUUGUACUUAAUGAAUCUUCUCCUGUUGGUACAUUUGUUGCAAAGGUAAAUGGUGUUGACUUUGAUGAAGGAAGAAAUGGUCUCAUCAAUUAUAGUUUAACUGUAACACAAGGCUCAUUUAUGUUUUAUAUUCAUUAUAAAUCAGGAAUGAUAAUCCUGAAAUCACCAUUGGAUUAUGAAAGUCUGGAUUGGUUACAUUACGUGUAA